ACAAAGCUUCUUAGUUCUUAUUGGAGGACAAAUGCCUAAUUUUAAAGAUAAACCCUGGUUUAAAAAAAAAAAAGAAAAAAAAACCUAAAAUGUGGUCUAAGGAUAAUUGCCACGUGUUUGUUGUGGAUCCACCCUACCCCAUGUGUCAAAUGACUAGCACAUCUGAUUUACACAUGUGGGCUCAAAAUUUCAAUGAGGGGACCAAUACACAGUAAUGUUAUGUUCCUAGUCCUAGUAGGGCUAGUGUUGACAUCUUUCAAGUUUUAUUGCAACCUGUUACUUUGAUAAGAAUAAAAAUUGUCCCCACUGGGUUUCCCACUUGAUUUGUUUCUAGUUCUAGGUGGUAAAAUUGUAAUGUUGAGAAUUUGGUCAAUGUUGCUGGCCAAUGAAAAGUGGACCAAUAAUGGGUGAAAUUGUAAUUGCAUAUAUUUGAUUAUGACUUUUUUUUUUCGGUUUACUUUGAUUAUGACUUUAAUGGAAACAUAAUGGAGUAAAAAUGUGUUAUUUUCCCCUUGCAUUUUAUGAAUCCAUUCUUAGUAAACCCAUUUUGCAAUAUUUGACCCAAAUGUUGUAGAGUUCUAAAGGGGUGAUGCCCUUAAUGAGUUGCUUGAGUGAUCUAAAUAGCCUGUGGCAACCUCAUGGUAAUAAGGAUUCAAUUGAAUACUUCACUUUGAAGGAUCUCUGGGAUUGCUACUAUGAAUGGAGUGCAUAUGGUGCUAGUGCUCCCGUGAUGUUGGAGAGCGGCGACACUGUGAUUCAGUAUUAUGUUCCGUACCUUUCCGCCAUCCAAAUCUACACCAACAAGUCUGUCCAGGCCUCUAGGUCUAGAAGAGAGGACAGCGAUGGAGUUGAGUUCGAAAGCGAUUCGUGGAGCGAUGAUAGUGGCAGCGAUAACCUAUCUAGAUCCUUAAGUAACAAUUCCAGCAAAGCAUGGGAUGCCGUUUCUGAGGAUUCGAGCUCUGACCACGACGGCUCGUGGCCGACAAGGGACAAGCUUGGCUACCUUUACUUGCAAUACACGGAGAUGGCUUCUCCUUAUGCAAGGGUUCCGCUUAUGGAGAAGAUUCCCGAGUUAGCUAGAACCCAUCCGGCACUAAUGACAUUCAAAAGUGUUGAGCUUUCGCCGGCAAGUUGGAUGGCAGUUUCAUGGUACCCAAUUUACACCAUUCCGAGUCGAAAAAAUGACAAGGACUUAGAAGCAUGCUUCCUCACUUAUCACACAUUGUCCUCAUCUUUUCAAGAUUGUGAAACAGAAAGUGAUAACAUUGACACAGAGAAAGACAUAUAUUGGUGGUGUGGUUGGGGAAGCACUGAAGGAAACAAAUGCAAGAACAAGAACGGAAGCAGUGGUGGCGGCAGCAUUUCUCUGCCGCCUUUCGGUCUAGCUACCUACAAGAUGCAAGAAGAUCUAUGGCUGAAUCCAGAGCCAUGUGAAUAUGAAAGGAUAUCAUAUCUGUACAGUGCUGCAGAUUCAUGGUUGAAACAGCUCAAUGUUUAUCACCAUGACUUCAACUUCUUCACACAACACCCUACACCAACAACCUUGUAGUAAAUUCGCUUCGUUAACUAAAUUAACUACCCUUUUGGUUAGCUUUCAACUUCUGACUCCGGCAUAAUAACAAAAGAUUUCAGUUCCCUUGGGUCCAAAUUCUGAGAAAUGUAAAGUUUUGUAGUUAACCAGAGAGAUAGAAAGAAGGGGGUAGUUUUUUUAUUUAUUUAUUUUUUACCAAUCAAUUUCAGUUUCUUUUGCUAUUUUCUAAGAAGAAGGUAGCAGUUUGUAGUUGUAGGUAAUAACUAAAUUAUGAUCAAGUUUUGUACAUUAGUUUUUUUUUUUCCUUACUUUUUAUUUUCAUGACUCAAACUUGAUGGGACUGAAA